ACACACACACACACACACACACACGCCUGAGGAGUGUAUGAGCCAUGCUGGACACACACACACACAAACACAUACACUGACCGGGAGUGAAGCAGAGGAGCGAUGGAGGGCAGCAUCUUCUUCGGUAACAACUGUCACAACGGCCUUGUGCCCGCCAACGCCCGGCCCGCCGUGCCGUCUGUUCACAGCGCACUUGGCAUGAAGCAUUUUCUUCCUUUUCCCUUGGACAACGCCUCAGCAGCCGUCAGACUCUUCCCAGGAUUCAACGCGAUGGACCCGGUCCAGAAGGCCGUCCUGCAUCACACCCUUGGCCUCCCACCCGCUGCCAAGCGCAAGCACGUCUCCUGCAGUGUCUGCCAGCUGAGAUUUAACUCGCAGAGCCAAGCCCUGGCCCACUACAAGGGGACCAAGCACGCCAAGAAGUUAAAAGCCCUGGACACUCCCAAAAGUAAGCUGAAAGGCUCAGCGGUCGCCAAGGAGACGGGUGGCCAGGAGGCUGCCGCAGGCGUCAACAACUCGCAGGUCGCCGGCAGCGCCGAAAGGAAAGAGGGUGUCCCCUGCACAGCGGUGACUCCGGUGUCCCCCGUACUCACACUGCCACAUCCCCUUGAGCCUACAUCCACCCUCGCGACCCCGACACCUGCAGUCAGUGCCUCGCCACCAGUCCCGGACGCCCCAGAGACUACCUCAGCUGCCGGGAUGGACGAGGGGCCGCUACAGCUCCACUCGCCCUCAGAACCAGACCUGGACCCUGACGUAGAAGCCGAGGAGGAGCCAGACCCAGAGACAGAGGAGGAGAAAGCUCGGCGUCUUCUUUACUGCUCGCUGUGCAAGGUGGCGGUCAACUCCGCAUCGCAGCUGGAGGCUCACAAUAGUGGUACCAAGCACAAGACCAUGUUGGAGGCCCGCAGUGGGGUUGGCUCCAUCAAGUCCUUCCCACGGGCUGGAGUCAAAGGCAAACUGGCGCCGCCGUCCAAAACGUCGACGGGCCUACAGAACAAAACUUUUUACUGUGAGACGUGCGACGUGCACGUCAACUCCGAGACACAGCUGAAGCAGCACAUCAGCAGUCGUCGUCACAAAGACAGAGCCGCAGGGAAACCAGCCAAGCCCAAAUACAGCCCCUACAGCAAACCACAGAAAGGAGCCACCAAGCAGACGCAGAUAAAGCUGACCUUGGGGAAAGAGCGUCAGUGCCCGCCCCUCGCCGCCCACAUGCUACCCGCCCACUUGGCAGCGAUGGCGGCCGCCAUCAACAACACCUUCACGCAUCGCACCGCCGGCCACACCGCCAACAGCGCCACAGCUCCCACCCUCUUCCAGACACAGCCCCUCCCCGCCGCCUUGCUCCGCCCCGCUCCCGGGCCUGUCAGGACCUCCCACCCUCAAGUCCUCUUUGCCCCCUACUGACCCCCCUCCUCCUCCCACCAGCACUCCAACCAGUCUAUGCAUUCAGGGUUCAUGCCGUGAUUGACACCUGUCGCCACUCCCGACGAGGCUACAUGAACAGCUAAGACGCGACCGCGCCUCUCUGACGAAGGGGAAGGGGCCCGAAGACCGCGGAUGCACAUUUGACGGCAAUAAUGUAAACCACAUGUGAACUAUGCAGACUUCAUGAUGAUGUUCGUGUCACUCUCUUCGUGUUUGCACUUCAGCCUCUGUUGACGUGCACGGAAGACACUAGAUGGUGUUUGAUGGUGACAGUGUGUGUUGUUUUUCUAUUUGUCCUUACGUGUGUGUGUGUGUUUGAGUGAACGUUCCAUCCAUGCGCCAGGCAUCCUUGUCGACAUGUCUGAGACCACAUGACGGACCACCCAUGCUUCUGUGUUCCAUGUCUAUGUGUCAAAGGUGAAGCAUUUGACGGAAAUAAAAGAGUCCUACUUUGGUAAAAGUGCUGCAGUUACUGUAGGUUCUUCAAGUGAGUGACAAGCCUCAGGUAGGAAACGUGGAGUUGAAAAUGGUGUAUGAUAUACGCAAAUGUCCAAUACAUGAGUCAAGUGUCCACGUAAUAAAAUUUCAUAUUGUGGCACGCACAAGUCCGUAUGCACAGGACACUGUGCAGACACAGAUACUGUGAGCUAUGCAAAAAUUCACAUCUUACAAUGAACACUAUACUCAUCACACAGCAACUUCA